GUUAAAAAGAAAUUGUGAGAGCUUUAUUAAGUUUGAAGGCAAGGGUGGACGAUUCUACGUUGUUACAGAACUCAAUUUAGAGCACACAAAUCAUGAAGGGCGUUUUACGAAAAUUUGUCCGAGGUGAGACGAUUGACAAAACAAGAACAAGAAGAAGCUAUAUUCUUGCAUGGUUUAAAUUGUAAAACCUCUUUACUACAUGAACAUAUGAUGGACAAAACUAAAAAGCAAAUUAUACCACAAGAUUUGUAUAAUGCGUUCAAUGAGAAUAAAGAUAAAUAUGGAAAUGACAUUGAAGCUGCCAUACAACUGUUAAAAACUAAAUAUGAAGCAAAAGUUGAAAUUCUAGAGGAGAAUUCAGAAUUUCAGGGUAUGUACUUUUCAAUUCCAGAAAUGAGGCAGAAUAUGAGUAAAUACCCUGAAGUAGUGUGUGUAGAAUCUACAUACAAGAUUUUCAACUUAAGAUUUUCUCUGAUGCUUUUUGUUAUUGAAGAUGGGGAAGGACGAAGUCAGAUUGUAGGAGUAGGCAUUUUAGUUAGCGAAUCUCGACCUAUAGUAAAAUGGUUGAUGGAAUGCUUCAAAGAAGAUAAUCUAGAAGCUGUCAAAAAGACACGUGGUUUUAUCAGUGACAAGGAUCUAACUGAGAGAUCUGUUAUUCGAGAAGUUUUUGAUUGGGCGAGAUUAUUUAUCUGUCAAUUUCACACGUUAAGAAUAUUUGACAGGGAAAUAUGCCCAACAAAAAUGAAAAUCACUAAAGAAGAAAAAGAGAAUGCUCUUCGGUGCUUGGACAGUAUGGUCAAAAGUUCGUACCAAAUGGAUUAUGACAAUGCUCAUUCAAAAUUCAUUUCGACUGCUCCUAAAGUUAUAAAAGAUUAUUUUAUCAAAAAUUGGCAGGAUAUUACUGACGAAUGGGUAAAAUUUAAGAUUUUCAACUUGAAUUAAAAAACUUUAACUAAUAACAGGAUUGAAUCUUUAAAUGGAAAGCUAAAAUAUGAGAUUGGGUUAUACGAUUCAUUGACAGAGUUUAAUAAAAAUUUUUUAAAUGGACCAAUUAUAGAUUAAAAUGUAAUAGAUUAAAAGAUAUUC